AUGGCAGCAGCUCACCACUUCGAUUGCGUCGUCUUGGGCGGCGGCAGCGGCGGAAUUGCCUUCGCCAGAAGAGCUGCAACAUAUGGGGCGAAAGUGGCGCUGGUGGAGCGCAGCCGAAUGGGGGGCACUUGUGUGAACGUUGGCUGCGUGCCGAAAAAGAUCAUGUGGUGCGCCGCGAACGCCUUCGAAAGCCUGCAAGGCAUGAAACACUUGGGAGUGGAAUUCAGCGAUCCUCCGCGUUUAAAUUGGCAAAGACUUGUGCAAAAUCGCGAAAACUACAUCAAAAGACUCAACCGCAUUUACGAAGACAACCUCGACAAGUCCCAGGUCCACCGCUACUACGGCUUUGCAACUCUCAAGCCCAAAGACGAAGCCAACGGCCAACACGUCGUUGUAGUGAACUCUUCCAAAGAAGAAGCAGCAAAGGGCGCGGAGCCUCUCCAGCGGCUCACUGCCAAACACGUGCUCAUAGCCACAGGCGGUCGUCCGAGCCCGUUGCGCGUGCCUGGGGGCGAGCUGUGCAUAGACAGCGCGGGCUUUUUCGCGCUGCAGCAGCAGCCGCGGAAAGUGGGCGUUGUUGGGGGGGGUUAUAUUGCUGUUGAACUUGCUGCUGUGCUGCAGUCCUUGGGGUCGGAGACUCACUUCUUCUGCAGGCAGCACGCGCCUCUCCGCAAGUUCGACUCCAUGAUCCAGCAGCAGAACCUCGACAACAUGCGCAAACUCGGCAUCCAGGUGUUCCCGCACAGCGUUCCCGCUGCAGUGAAGGGCAGCAGCGGGGCGCUGCUGCUGCAGCUGGAGAACGGGCAGCAGCACGGGCCGUUCGAGUGUAUAAUAAACGCAACUGGACGUACACCCGAAACCGAAGACCUAAAUUUGCAAACCCUCAACGUCGAAAUGAUUAAUCAGAAAUAUAUUAAAACUGAUUCUUUCCAAAACACUAAUGUCCCCGGGAUCUUCGCCCUCGGAGACUGCUGCGGCAAGGUGGAGUUGACUCCGAUGGCGAUAGCCGCGGGGCGGCGGCUGGCCGACCGGGUGUACGGACACCUGGCGCAUGCAAAGGCCGAUUACGAUUUUGUUCCUUCUGUCAUUUUUUCUCAUCCCCCAAUUGGGAGUGUGGGGUUUUCGGAAGAAGAAGCAGCAAAACAAUUCGGAAAAGAAGACCUCAAGGUGUACAACGGCAGCUGCGUGAAUUUGCUGUACGGGGCUUAUCAAAUUCCUCCAGAAGAAAAGCCAAAGACUUUCAUUAAACUCAUUUGCCUAAAGGUGUUUCAUUUUCUUAUCUUUUUUUGA